AAAAAAAAAACAGAUGCUCUCAACAUCUAUAAAGAAUGAUGCAUACUGCGUCCAAUUCUCGCCAUUCAGUAGCAUACGGUUUCAAGAUUAUUGUGAGUUCUUCAGAGAAGUUUGAGAGUUCUUCAGAGAAGUUUGAGCUUGUUUUCCUUGAGGAUACAAGUGCUGCUUCCACACCAAGUCCAUCUUUGUACCUGCAGGAAACAGAGACUGACAAACCGAGAAUACGUUUGCCUUUCGGAAUUCAGAAAAUGGAGAAAUCAACAAUGUUUGUUGUACUAUUGGUGUUGCAACUUUUUGUCCAUCUUCAAUUAGAGGUUCACUCGUUGGCCACUCUUUCUGAACAUGAUUUUAGCUACUCAAAAUCUGUGAUUAAUGCCACUGAUCUUCCACUAGAAGAAGUGUAUGACUACAUUGUAGUUGGAGGGGGUACCGCAGGGUGUCCAUUGGCAGCAACUUUAUCAUCAAAGUAUUCGGUGCUCGUUUUAGAAAGAGGAAGUUUUCCUACAUCAUAUCCGAAUGUCUUGACUCAAGAGGGGUUUAUAUAUAAUCUCCAGCAAGAAGAUGAUGGAGAGACACCAGUUCAAAGGGUCAUGUCAGAAGAUGGCAUUCCUACUGUUAGAGGAAGGAUCCUUGGCGGCACGAGCAUGAUCAGUGCUGGCGUAUACGCAAGAGCUAACAUUUCAUUCUUUAAUGAAUCGGGAGUUGAAUGGGACAUCAAUUUGGUUAAUGCGACAUAUGAGUGGAUUGAAGACACUAUUGUGUACAAGCCAAAUGCAUUCGCUUGGCAAACUGUUACACAAAAAGCUUUUUUGGAGGCUGGCGUUUUACCAGAAAAUGGAUUCAGUUUGGAUCACGUACCUGAAACAAGAAUCACUGGCUCAACUUUUGACAAUAGUGGAACGAGACAUGCGGCUGAUGAACUACUUAACAGAGGAGACCUAGACAACUUGCGAGUUGCAGUUCAUGCCAACGUAGAGAAGAUCGUCUUCUCUUCUAGUGAAUCAAGAUUGUCAGCUACAGGAGUCAUAUAUAAGGAUUCUAACGGAAUUUCUCAUCGGGCAUAUGUACGCGAUCAAGGUGAAGUUAUAUUGAGUGCAGGGACAAUGGGGACCCCUCAACUUCUACUACUCAGUGGCGUUGGCCCAGAGUCUUAUCUAUCAUCUCUUGGAAUACCAGUUGUGCUUGACCAUCCUUACGUUGGACAGUUUCUAUACGAUAAUCCUCGUAAUUUCAUUAACAUUUUGCCCCCAAAUCCAAUAGAACCCUCAAUUGUAACAGUUCUAGGCAUUAGAGACGAUUUCUGGCAAUGUUCUAUCUCGUGCGGACCACUUACUGCUCCACCCUAUAGUUUAUUUCCUAGUCAGUCUUAUCCCCUGCCAAUAAAUUCAACUUUCGCACACAUUCCUAACAAAGUGCCAGGACCUCAUUCUCAUGGUUCUCUCACGCUAAAUUCAUCUUCUGAUGUGACAAUUGGUCCAAAUGUUAGAUUCAAUUACUUUUCAAAUGCGGCGGACCUUGCUCAUUGUGUUAGCGGCAUGAAACAAAUUGGUUAUUUAUUAAGGACUAAUGCAUUUAAACCAUAUAAAACCCAAGAUUUACCAGGUAUAGAAGGUUUCACCUUUUUGGGACUACCUCUGCCAAAUAAUCAAACAGAUGAUGCACUCGAAACAUUUUGCCGAGAUUCAUUGGCCUCAUAUUGGCAUUACCACGGUGGAUGCAUUGUUGGAAAGGUGGUUGAUGGUGGUUUGCAUGUUAAUGGAAUUGAUGCAUUACGCAUAGUUGAUUCUUCCACAUUCCCUGUCACACCGGCGAGCCACCCUAUGGGCUUCUAUCUGAUGUUAGGCAGGUAUAUGGGUCUUCAAAUUCUGCAAGAGAGAUCAGCUUGGGUAGGUAUGUCAUGCAUGGACGGGGCCAUGCAAAGCCUACAGCGGGGCAUCUGCCCCCACCCAAUGAAUUUUGAAGAAAACCUUGAAGGGGUCAAUUGUCAAUCAACUCUAAUAUAAUUUCCUUUUAAUUCUUAUAAUUUACAGCUUUCUGUAACCUGUUUGAACUAUCAUAUAUAUAGUUUUUCUACUUAAUAUGUUUAUUGCAUGCCCUUAUACAACUUGAAAAUGGCUCAGUACAAUUGUAAAUCUGUUGUUUGGUAAACGAAUUGAAUCAAAUAUUAUAAGAUAUUGUGUUUUAUC